AUGCUGCGACGGGUGGUAGUGACGGGAAUGGGGGCAGUGACGCCACUGGGUGUGGGCGUGCGACCGACAUGGCAGCGGCUGGUGGCGGGCGAGUCAGGGAUCGGCGACGUGGGCGACCGGGAGCCGACGGCGCAGUGGGCGCAGCUGCCGAGCACGCUGGCGGGCGCAGUGCCGGAGGGGCCUGAUGGUGUAGCGAAGAGUGUGUGGGCAGCAUCAGACUGGCUGGCGGCGGCGGAGCAGCGACGAACAUCACGGUUUGCGCAGUUUGCAGUGGCAGCGGCCGAGAUGGCGCUGGUGCAGGGGCGCUGGACGGGCGUCGAGGCAGGACCGACAGGCGGCGAAACGACGGGUGUGUGUAUCGGCAGCGGCAUCGGCAACCUGUCAGACGUGUACGAGACGAGCGUGGCGCUGGCGGGCGAGGGAGGCUACCGCCGCGUGUCGCCGCUGUUUGUGCCGCGGAUUCUCAUCAAUAUGGCGGCCGGUCACGUGGCCAUGCGACACGGCUUCCAGGGUCCCAACCAUGCGGUCGCGACGGCCUGCACGACCGGUGCGCAUGCCAUCGGCGAUGCUGCCCGCUUCAUUGCCCUCGGCGAUGCCGAUGUCAUGGUGGCCGGUGGCGCUGAAGCCUGCAUCCAUCCGCUGACCCUGGCCGGCUUCGGCCGUGCUCGCUCGCUCAGCACGUCCUGCUGUCGGCCUUUUGACCGCGACCGCGACGGCUUUGUCGUCGCCGAGGGCGCCGCCGUCCUGCUGCUCGAGGACCUCGAUCAUGCGCGCGCCCGCGGCGCUCCCAUCUAUGCCGAGCUGCGCGGCUACGGCUGCUCCGGCGACGCUCACCACAUGACUGCCCCCCGACCUGACGGCGCUGGCGCCCUGCGCGCCAUGCGUCGCGCCCUCCAGACCGCCGGCCUUCGUCCUCGCGAUGUCGACUAUGUCAAUGCUCACGCCACCGGCACUCGCAUCGGCGACGCCGCUGAGGCUGCCGCUAUCGCCUCCCUCAUGCGCCAGGACCACGUCCUCGACCUCGCUGCCGUCACCGUCAGCAGCACCAAGGCCGCUGUCGGCCAUCUACUCGGUGCUGCCGGCGCUCUCGAGGCCCUCUUCGCCGUCCUCGCCAUCACCGACCGCCUCGUCCCUCCGACCGUCAAUCUGCAACAUCCCGACGUCGGUCCCGCCUUCAACUUCGUCCCCGGCCAGGCCCAGGACAAACACGUUCGCGUCGCCCUCACCAACAGCUUUGGCUUCGGCGGCACCAAUGCCUCCCUCGUCUUCUCGGCUGUCCCCCGUUUGAGCCAGCAGCAGCCAGCGACCACCACAGCAACCGCAACCUGUUCCUGCCGGUCACGCAAUGUCCUGUCCAGGCUGUCGGUCAUCUGCCGGCCUGCUCUCGCGCUGCGCUCGUCCGACCACGACGGCCGCAGCAGCAGCCGGCGCCAGACAGACACGCCUCCGGCCUCUCCAUCAGACACCACAGCCGUCGGCAGCAGCAUCCACACAGGCGCCGCACCCAAUGCGAGCAUCACCGGCCGUCUGGGCGACAUGGCGCGCCAGGCUAUGCGGAGAACCGUCGAGCCGUACGGCGCCUUUGGUGUGACGCGGCAGAUCUACCAAAAGUGCUCGCGGCAGGCCGCCUACGAGAUCCCCGAGGAGCUCCGACGUGACGAUGCCGUGCCAACGACGGAGGACGGCGAAGAGAUUGGCGUGGGAGGGGGGAUGUGGCACGAUGACUUUGGCCUCAUGCCCUCCUUCAGCUCCUGGUCCCAGGUGACGAUGCUGCACAUGUACCUCGUCGUCACACGGCUGCGCUGCUUCGACAAGGAGACAUACCAGCUUUGGCAGUCCAUGAUCACGGACCACUUUUUCCAGGAGGCCGAGGACCGCAUGGACCGCGUUCACCACAUCAGCUCGCGCGGCCUGCGCCAGCGUCACCUGCAGGACCUCUUUAUGACCUGGCGCGGCAUCAUCGUCGCCUACGACGAGGGUCUCGUGCGCAGCGAUGCCGUCCUGGCCUCGGCUCUGUGGCGCAACCUGUUCAAGGCCCGGCCCGACGCCGACCUGCGCGCCCUCGCCGCCGUUGUCGCCUGGAUGCGCCGCUCCUUUGCUCUGCUCGACCGCAUGCCCGACGAAACUCUGGUGCUACAUGGCGGCAGCGGCAUCUUCGCCUGGCCGCCGCCCACCGCACACCUGGCCGCCGUCGACGCGCCGGCCUCGCGCGAGCUGGCCGCCCUGCUGGCUCAGGUCCUGCCAGCAGAGCCGGCCGUCGCAGAAGAAGAGCAGGCAGCGACGGCAUAG